GGGUCUGCGCGCGCAGGUGGGCGGGCAGAAGCGCGGCUCGCCGAUGCCCGGGCACCUAGAGUAGGAAAGCGGGCUGGAGACUCGGACAGAAGUGGCAUCUGGGCCCGGACGGCGUGGACAGGCCGCAGCAGGCCCUGCCAUGGAGCCGGGCAGCGUGGAGAACCUGUCCAUCGUAUAUCAGAGCCGUGACUUCUUGGUGGUAAACAAGCACUGGGACCUACGUAUUGACUGCAAGACCUGGCGGGAGACCUUGACCCUGCAGAAGCAGCUUCGGCACCACUUCCCAGAGUUGGCUGACCCUGACACCUGCUACGGGUUCAGGUUCUGCCACCAGCUGGACUUCUCCACCAGCGGGGCACUGUGCGUGGCCCUGAACAAGGCAGCCGCAGGCAGUGCUUAUAGAUGCUUCAAGGAGCGGCGCGUCACCAAAGCUUACUUGGCAUUGGUUCGGGGCCAUAUCCAGGAGAGCCAGCUGACAGUCAGCUAUGCCAUUGGCAGGAACAGCACGGAGGGCCGGACGCAUACCAUGUGCAUCGAGGGCUCACAGGGUUGCGAGAACCCAAAGCCAAGUCUCACAGAGCUGCUGGUCCUGGAGCAUGGGCUAUAUGACGGCAAUCCUGUAUCCAAAGUGCUGCUGAAGCCACUGACAGGCCGGACUCACCAGCUGCGUGUGCACUGCAGUGCCCUCGGUCACCCUAUUGUGGGUGAUUUGACAUAUGGGCAGGCCACUGGCCAAGAGGACCAGCCUUUCCGCAUGAUGCUGCACGCAUUCUACCUGCGCAUCCCCACACUGGCUGAGUGUGUGGAGGCCUGCACACCAGAUCCCUUCCUGUCUACCCUUGAUGCCUGUUGGUGCCCCCACACCCUGGUGCAACCUCUUGACCAGCUUGUCCAGGCCCUACGGGCUGCCCCUGAUCCUGGACCAAUGGAUGGGGACCCUGGGUCCUGUAGCCCCUCUGUACCCCUACCUGGGCCAGGCCGGGACCCCCAAGAGACAGAAGCUCAACGAACAUCCUGCCUGCAGUGGCUGUCAGAGUGGACACUGGAACCAGACAACUGAGAGCCACUGUGGGGUACUGGGCUCAGCUGGGCCUGAGAGAAAGGGCUAGCAGAGCAAGCAGAGGGCCAGGCAGGCGUGAUUGCUGGAGUUCAGUGCUGUCAGGCUGUGGUAUUAAUACCUGAUUAGGGGGCCUUCCUCCCCGUAUCUCCGGGGCAAAACUCUUCCUGCUAGAGCAACUUUGUGACUCCCAAGUGUUCCCCUAGCCACGAUGGUGAACCUAUGGCCCAUGUGCCAUAGUUGUUAUCAUUGAAACCUCUAAAAGGUUAGCCAUCACUGCCCUAGGGCCUCAUCUCACAGACCUACCAGAGGCCAUCUAGCUGGUAGCCUCAGAGCUAAGAUCUAGCCAGCCUUUGCCCCUAGGUGGGUUCCUGCUGGCCCAGAAGCUGCUGCCUCUGGUGUCCCACUCACGCAGAGGCCUCCUCACCUGGGCUUUGGUCCCAGGUCCACCCAGUCCUGUGAGGCAUUUCACUCUCCUCUGAUCCUCUUAAUUUACAGCCUGCCCAGAUCCUUUCCCGCAGUCACACCCUGCCUCUUCCUGGCCUCGCCUGCCUGGGGCCUUUGCUUUAGCUGCACUCUGCCCUGGGCCCUGCCCUCCUUUGCCUGCAUUC